CUGGGCCGGGCCGGGAGCCGCCGGGAGAGGGCGCGGCGCGGGGGCGGAGGCGGGGCUCGCGGAGUCCGCCCGCGGCCGGCGGCGAGCAGCUCGGGGGAGCCUCCCUCGGACCGGCCGGGCGGCGGGGAGCGCGCCAUGGACCCCAAGGCGGGCGGUGGCCAGGACGACGACUGCGUGGACUCGGGCGCCGAGACCGGCGGGUCCGACUACAGCCAUGUGUCCUCUACCAGCAGUGAGCUCUCGGCGGGGGAGGCGCAGGACCCGUUCCUGGUGAGCGCGCACAUCAUCUCGGACCCGGGGGCCUCGCAGCCCCUGCAGCAGGCGGUGGACAGGCUGCUGGCCUGGGUGCACCCCGGCCUCCCGCUGUUCCGGGUCUCCGAGCGGAGGGCGCCCCGGCGGCGGCGGAAGGCCCCCCGGGCGGCGCAGCCCGCGCUGGCCGUGGUGCUGUUCCUGCGCGAGGCGGGCGGCCAGGAGCCCAUCCUGCGGGCGCACCGCGCGCUGCAGCGGCCGCCCUGGCGCCACCACCACGCGGAGCGCGCGCCGGGCGGGCUGCGGCCCUACCUGCCCUGCAGCCAGGACUUCUUCUCGCUGGGCCCCGGGACGCCGCUGUGGGCCGUGCGGCCCGUGCACUACGGCAGGGAGGCCGUGCGCUUCACCGUCUACUGUCGCCACGACAGCUACGCGGACGCGCUGGGCCUCUACGGGCUCAUCCUCGGGCGGCGCCCCAGCCAGAGGAAGGCGGACUUCUGCGUCUUCCCCGUGUUCUCGGGGCCGGCCGCCGACGUCCAGUUCUCCCUGAAGAGGCUGCCCUGCGGCCAGGCGCCGGCGCCCGCCGACUCGUGCGUGCUGGAGUUCCGCGUCGGGGACCUGGGCGAGCUGGUGCCGCGCCUGCCCAGGCCCUGCAGCCCCAUCAGCGCGGGCCGCUGGCAGACGGAGGACCACGACGGCAACAGGAUCCUCCUGCAGGCACAGAGGGUGCACAAGAAGUUUCCGAAACUGGACAGAGCCCAGUACGCAGAGCAGAAACCUCGCUCCGGGCUGGCCCUGAGCGUCACCGCCCCGAGCUGCUCACCCGGUAGCAGUCAGCAGCCCCCACUGGACGGUUCACACCCAGGGCGCAGCCACACACGCCUGCCUGCCGGGCACCUGCAGGAACUUGCCAGGCGAGCCUGCAGCCCUCCCAGCCACCCCUGGCCUUUCCCGAGAAGCAAGUCCUUGUUCUGUCUGCCCUCCAGAGAGCCCUCCACGGCCCCGUCAGCUGCACCACAGUGGCUCUCAAACACAGGUGCCCCGGGACACAGGGCAUCAGGGAGAAGGCACAGCCACCUUCUCUCUGUUGAUGACCUAGAGGGGGCGCAGGAGACGGACGUGGACACGGGCCUCUCUGUGGUCUCUGCCUGCUCUGCACCCAGUAGGUGCUGCAGCUCCGUGCAAACAGCCCUCCCCACCGAGGGACACCGCAACCACGGGUCAAAGCACAAGGGUUCCCGAGAAGGACCACUGCCCACAGGGAGCGGGGGGACCAGGGAGCCCUCCAGGGCCUGCCUCCCCUUCUUCACCAGAGGGUCUUCCAGCUCUUCGGCCACAGCCUGCAGCGCCUCCCCGCUCACAGAGCCGCCCCCGGGGCUACCCUGUGAGGCUCCCGCAGCCCGGCAGAUGGGCAGAGAUGUCCCCCCACCCGCAGUGCUGGCCAGGCCUGGGGACGACGACCCGGAGGAGUUCUACAUCUGAACGCCCUCUGAGUACCGCCCCACCUUCGGCCCCUCUCGCCCAGCUCUGUCCACAGCAGAACUUCUCCCAGACCCAUCAGCACGCCCACCGCACUGGCCGUUCUUACCAGAGGGGUGGGCGGGCGCCUGAGGCUCCCUGGGAAAAUGCUGGCAUUUUAUGCAAAUAAAUUCUCGACAAAUUUAAGUCGUAAACUCUAUUGUUUGAAUACUCAAUCCCAUGUGAGAUAUGAUUUAGUACACUUAAUACAAUUCAAAUGCUUCAUAUAAUUACUUGAAAUGUAAAGAAAACCUAGUCAGCCAGAAUUGACUUGGCAAUUUUUCAUGCUAUGAAGAAAAAACAUUAAAGCCCAAAUCUUGCAUGUGGGAAAGGUAUUCAGUGACUGGCAUGAGAGAUCAACGCACAGUAACGUAAUUCCCCUUUCUGGGGUCUCCAUAUAUAUUUACAUUUCCAGGGAACAGCGGCCCCAAGAAUCUCCAGGUGCAGCUUAUAGGUCAGCUUGAUAAAACAGUAGACAUAUAUCAGAGCGCGGUCACACCUCAUGUUGAUGCCAUGCAAAAUCUGAAGGGCUGGAUUUAUCCAAAAGUGGCUAGUAUGCUUUUCAAGAAUUUAACCUGAAUGCCAGACUCUUAAUACAUUUAAAAAAUGAUUUGAGUUCCAAAAACUAAAUGUGCACACACUGUCACAGCAUAUUCACCCCAUCAGGCGAAGGUCUUCAGAAGACAUUCUGCUACCUGGAUUUCCUUGGGUCACUAAGGAGGAAUCAUUUGUUGACUUACAGAAAAAGCAGACAUUAGACAGAGUGGGUAGGUAGUUUUAAAAACCACCAAGAGCGGUGGGUAUAUAUCUAUGUGCAUGACAGGAACCACAUUUUAUAUUGCUUUCUCCAGUAAGCAUGCAUUGUCACACAUACUUUUUCAUUUUUAAAUAAUUUGGAAUAUUUUUAACUGGCAUUUUGCCUGCCUGCAGCCAUGGGCAAUAUGUACAUUAAUGAGCGGCUGGGUUCCAACAGUCUCUGUACGAGAGCGGGCAGGGGACUAGAUAUGGCCCAAGGGUUGCAGUUUGCCAACUCUAGCCCUGGAAUGAGGUUGGUUCGAGAUCUCAGCCUCAGUCCACAAUAGAAAAUCAAGUUUGCAGGCCCUGCUGCAGCAGUAGCAGAGCUGAGGAAAGGGACUCCUUGGGCCCCGGCACGCAAAGAGCCCCAGGGCUUCCUUCUGCAGAGAGGGAGCCUAAGAGGCCCGCGCCGCCCACUCCUGCCUGGAAACGUGACUCACAGUGAGCAGCCGAUGAUGAGAAGCAGCAUGCGAAUGUGAGGGAGCGGGAGAAAAACAAUUCAGAGGCAUCAACGCAGCCUCCACGUCACACCGCAUCAUGGACGGGAGGCAAGUUCCUGCGCAGCAGAAGUUAGGUGCAGGCCAGCGGCCAGGUGCCAGCCCCCAUCGCCACCCUGAGCCCAUGCCCUUUGUCUCCUCUUCUUGCAUGGACCUCACCCCGAGGACACUGUGAGCCAGCCCCGAGGCUCCCCGGUCCCACCUUCCCCAGUAACCACUAAAGCACAGGGCCACCUGCCACACUGAGGGGCCCUGGAGGAUGUCAGCGCCGCCACUCAGAGGCCGGAAGGCACGAUGUCCCUCGACGUGAGGGGAGAAGGGAACCCCACUCCAGACCAUGCCCUCCCUCCCCUCCCAGGUGUGGUCUGGGACGGUGGCUCUGUGAGGAAGGAGUCUCGGGCACUGUUCUCCAAGCCCUUGCUUCCGCGUCUGGCUGUCCACAGCGUGUCCUCGUGCAGGAGGGCCCUGACGGCCACUGGUGGACGCUGACUCUCUGUUGCUGUGGUGGAUACUGGCCUGCUACAGGCGCUCAAUAAAUUCGUGCAA